AAGUUCGCGCAUCCUAACAUUCACUUACCCUUCUAUAUAUGACAUAUCUUGUGGUUGACAACGGAAGCUACAGCGUCAAGGCCGGAUUUGCCGAGCUGAACGAGCCUACCAUUCAGCACAACGCCAUUUCCAAGGCCAAGGAUGGAAGCCUUUAUAUCGGUAGUGACUACAUAUCUACCAACAACCACAGCGGGUUGAUAUUCAAAAGACCUCAUGAACAGGGUCACCUCACGUCGUGGGAAACAGAAAAACCCGUGUGGGACUACACGUUUGACCUAUUAUCCAAAAAAGAUAUCAAUCCCACCGACUUGGGCUUGGUGCUCACGGAGACGCCGUUCCAGUUACCUCAGCUCUCGAUGAACACAGACCAAAUCGUAUUUGAAGAGUACGGGUUUGGCAGUUACUACCGAUGUAUCGCCCCUUCUUUGGUGCCGUGGACGUAUGCAGGUGAUCCCGACUUUAGUCUCGUGGUGGACUGUGGGUUUAGUGCUACUUGGAUAGUUCCCAUCAUCUAUCAAUCGGUAUACUGGAAGGGUGUCAGGAAAUUACCGAUUGGAGGAAGGGCCUUGAACGGACUCUUGCGAGAAAUAAUCUCGUUCCGGCACUACGAUAUUCUGGAUGAGCCAGUGCUUAUAAAUACCAUCAAGGAAUCCACCUGUUUUAUGGCCCAGGACUUUGGGGCUGCCCUCAAGAAAAAGCUUGCCCACGAAUGUGAGUUUGUUUUACCAGAUUUCAAGACCACCACCACCGGGUACGUGCGGCAGCUGGGCCAGCGUGGGGCGGGAGACCUUCAGAGUCUUGUACUUACAGACGAGAGGUUUGUGGUGCCUGAAUCGCUCUAUAGACCUGAAAUCAUCUUUGAUAACGCUCCGUCCACCAGUGCAAUUCUUCAAACGGCCCCCAUUAAAAACUUGACUGACUUGGUGGUGGAGGCCAUCAUGACAUCUCCAGUGGUUGCAAGACCGUUACUACUGCAAAAUAUCACGGUGGUGGGAGGUACCAGUUUAGUACCCGGGUUUAGUACUCGACUUGAAGAUGAAUUGGCCAAAGAGCUCCCCCUGGACUGGAAAGUACAGGUGGUUUCCAGCGGAGACCACAAGCCCGAUGUGGCCAGCUGGUACGGCGGCGCUGAGUUAUGUCAGAGUGAAAUUAUAGAUAAAGUCACCAUCUCCAAGCAGGAGUACUACGAGCAUGGGUCCAAUUGGUGCCAGACUCAGUUUGGAUUCCGAAACGUUUAAUGUCAUUAUGAAUGUAAAUGUGCUAUGGUAUUAUGCCUCUAUGAGGUGAUUAAAGGUCAAGUACCGACUGAAGACCAACCACCCGUACCGGAACCACACCAUCUGCGAAAAGUGUCCGUAGGCCAUGGCAGCAUAGCUAACACUUAACAUAUUUAAAUCAGAAUAUAUUUUGGUACCUGUAGCAUUUUUGGGCGUGUUGAACAAGCUGAUGCCGAUGUUGAUGUUGAACUUGAGGAUUUUGCUCAACACCAACUGCAGAACGUGGUCCACCAUUAACUCGAUGUUGGUGAGCACCGUGAAAGAGUACUUUUCCAAAAAGUUGAGUGUCUUCAAUUUGUACAUACUUAUAUUUGUGGAUGAUUGCACAAACAUUCGGCAUCCGUGGUACAAAGAAAUGUGGUUGGGGUGGCCAGAGACCCCUAGUUCGUCAAACGUCACUAUCACCACGUUGGACUUUUCACUGAUGUGGUGAGACAACACCUGGCUGAUACGUGAAUGGUCCCACGUCUCGUCCAUACCAUCCUUGAACUCAUCAGCCACUACCACGUCAUCAUGGUGUAGACCUAGGAUCCUGGCUGACUCGUGUAAUUCUCUGCUACGAAUUGGUCCGUAACUUGAGUCUACUGCAUCCCCCACAGACAAACAGAUGAGCUUGAGGGUAUUGUGGUAAAUAGGCUUGGAAAGCUCGAGAAUUGACGGGGAGAAAAACAUCACCUCAUCGUCAGGAUGGCCAAUGACAUAAUAGACGGUGCUGUUGCGGAUUGGCACCGAAUCAAAUGGAGUUAUAGAUGUGUAGGGAUAAACUGGCCCCGAGAAUGAGUUGGCUUUGACCGAUGGAUCACGGAAUUUGGUGAUCGCCUGAGGGAUUAUGGUAGAUAAGAGAACCCAUAGGAGGAACGAGCCGGCUAUCACUCGUACUACUGAUGAGGGAAUAACAAAUAGCAUUAUGAAGUUAAGAUGUACGUCCAUAAACGC